CCUUACAAAAUAAGCGUAUCUCGACGCUGAAAGUAACGCACGUGGUGUUUAGUUGUAACCUGUAAUUUAUGUCGUGUACAUUGCAUUUUGUCCCAACUUUAGUGUUUUGACUCCAUCCUCUUUAAAUAAUAAAAUAAAAGAAUGUCGUUUCGUGGUAGAGGCGGCGGCGGAGGUCGUGGUUUUGGCGGAGGACGCGGAGGUGGUCGAGGCGGUGGCGGACGCGGUUUUGGUGGAGGACGCGGCGGCGGCGGCAGAAAUUUUGACCAGGGACCGCCAGAACGCGUCGUUGAAUUAGGUUUCUUUGACUAUCCUUGUCAGGAUGAAUUGAUCUGCAAAGUGGAGCUUGAAGAUGUACCCUUCUUCAAUGCGCCGAUUUAUCUAGAAAAUAAAGAACAAGUUGGCAAAAUUGACGAAAUCUUUGGCAAUCUCAGAGAUUAUUCAGUAUCAAUUAGAUUGGGUGAUGACAUGAAAGCUGCUAGUUUUAAAAAGAAUCAAAAGUUGUAUAUUGACCCUGCAAAACUUUUACCUUUGCAACGAUUCUUACCGAAACCGCCAGGCAGUGUACAAAAACGUGGAGGACGAGGUGCAGGUGGUAGAGGAGGCGGCGGUGGUCGCGGCCGAGGAGGAUUCGGUGGUCGUGGCGGCGGAGGUGGAUUUGGAGGCCGUGGAGGAGGAGGAGGUGGUUUUGGACGCGGUGGUGGUGGCCGAGGCGGUGGAGGAGGAUUCGGUGGUCGUGGAGGUGGCGGCGGUGGAUUCGGCCGAGGAGGUGGAGGUGGACGAGGCGGCGGUGGAGGAUUCGGACGAAACAGCAGUGGAGGUGGUGGUGGCGGCAAUAGAUGGUAAUGCACAUCUAGGAUUAGUUUUUUAAAUUACAAUAUUCCAUUAUUUUUUUAUGGAAACAAUAAUUGAUUGUAUUCUUUACUUACAAAAAUAUAAUAUUACCUGUAUAA